UUACAUUUUUCACUUCAUUCCUUCCCCCAUCAUGGCUGGCACUCCUUUCCCUCUCCCAGCGUCGCUCGAUUUGCCUCCUCAUCUCAGCGCUCAUAAAUAUUUCUUCGUUUGCACUUUGACAGUCGCCGCUUGGGAUACACUCGUUCUCUCUCCCAGGACAUGGAGGCUCAUGAAGACUAAAGAUUGGCCCCUUCUCAAGAUUCUCUUCCAUUUCUUGCGCCUAUUCAUGCCAAUCGAGUUCACGAUUGUUGCCGUUGCGUUCUUUGAUGCAAAGUGGUCUCUAGCCAGUUGUCAAAAGUUCUUCUUGUUCGAGCCCAUCUGUACUGCUAUCCUUCUCGCUGCCGCCUCAGCCGUUCAUGUCAUUCGUAUUCAUGCCAUCUACGAGCAAAGCCGUCAAGUUCUGUUCGGAAUGGGAGGGCUGUUUGCUGUUCAAGUGUUCGUCACUGCAGUCUGCUGUGGUUUCUACCGAUCUGUACCUUUGGAAGAAGGACAAGGUUGCAUUGCUGGACCAAAGGAAGCUUGGGUGGGCAUUUACUGGGUUCUUCCUACCGCCCUAUACACUGCCUCUAUGAUCCUCGCGCUCGCCCGCUCUGUCCGAUCCUUGAAAUUGAAGCAGCUGUCCCCGUGGCGACUGAUGCUACGAGAUGGCUUGAAUUUGUAUGGUGCCAUUUGGAUUGUCAACAUGAUUAACGUGAUAUUCUGGUUCGUUAUCAAGCCAACCGGGAUCUCCGACCCUGUGAGGACGAUUGUCACCAGCAUGGCCGCUGUACUGACGACUUCGAUGACCCUCCGAAUCAUCCUCUCUGUCCGUGGUCCUCUUGCCAAAGGCGGUUCGUUUGCGCUCAGCGGCACCACCGCCAACACUGCCAGCUCGCGCGCCACUCACGUCAUCUCCGCGCGCACCCCAACGAACAUCUCCUCUCGAGCCGGCCACACGUACACUCUGGACGAAAUGCGAACGAAGCCUGAGGCCGAGUGGACGGAUAAUGAUACUGAAGGCAAGAACACUGGUUUGAAUAUGGACAACCCAUCCCACACCACCUCAAAGAAUGAUCCAGGCGUCAAAAUUACGAUUGAUAGACAGGUUGGGUACGAUCAAUACUCUCAUGCAAAGUGAACGACGGAGUAGCGGGUAGAUGAGCGUUCCCGUGAUGUGACAGAUCAUGGGAGUGAGUUCUGACGCUUUCCGUUCCACCAGUGCCAUCUAUCAUAUCAUUCCAGCUCAUAUCUCUCCUCGUUUCAUCGUUCUUGAUUGAUCUUCUCGUUAUCUUUUUUUAGUGUAUUCUUGCUUUACUUGGAUCGUCUGCUGCACCAUGACCGUCCACUUGUUUUACACUGUUCGCAUCUAUAGCUAUCUAUACUUUGCUUAACAACUGCUUAUAUUCUGUGUACUUAUUUAUGUGGUUGUUAUGGGGAGUUGAUGUACUGAAUAUACGCUGGAACUAACCACAACCUAGAGGGAUUUAUGUAUGGCGUGUCGGUGUCCUUGUCCGUAUAUCAUGGGUUGUGGGCUACACUGUUCUUCGGAGGUGUUGGUCCCUGAAUUUGGACUGC